AUGACAGCAGUGAUUCACGCCGUGAGGUCGGGCACAUCUGAAGAUUUGGCACUUCUCGUCCAGCCUGGCGAAGAGUUGAACCGACACGACCUUAACGGCUACACAGCCCUCCAUUCCGCCUGCGAAAGCUGUAAACUCAACGAGCUCAGUAUGCUCCUGGAGUACAACGCCAAUGUCAAUCAUCCCACUAAGGUGGAUCAAUCUUGUCCCCUCCACUUGGCCGCGAAGUCGGGAUUUGUGGAAGGUGUAAUCAGACUCAUUGAGAAUUAUGCCAAUUUGGAGGCAGUCAACAAAUAUGGGCUCACUCCUCUCUUGGUCGCCUGCCGAGAAGCCAAAUCGGAAGUUGUGAGUGUCCUUAUUGAAGCUGGAGCCGAUGUCAAUCACAUUUCGUUUGAGGGACAUACAGCACUGUACUAUGCAAUAUCGAAUGGGAUGGAUUCUUCAAUUGACCUUCUUCUGCGGGCAGGGGCAAGAGUGAAUACAGCAGGAAAAGGAGGCAAAACCGCCGCUCACUAUGCUGCUGAACAGGGUUGGUGUAAUGCUCUUCGACGCAUUGCUAUUGAAGGAGCUGAUUUCAACAUACGAAAUUGGCGAGGCUGUGGUGCCCUCCACUACGCCGCUCUGCGGGGGAACAUUGAGAGCGCCAUGGUCUUGGUGGAAAACGGUGCCGACGUUGAUCUUGAGGAUUACAACGGUGCGACACCACUAAUUAAUGCAUGCAGAGCUAAUCAAUAUGCAAUGGUCAGCUUUCUCCUUGAACAAAAUGCUGACGCAAAUAGACAAAAUAAACAGGGUGAAUCACCGCUUUUGAUGUCCUGUCGACAAGGUUAUUUAAAGAUUGUACAACUCCUCCUUGAAAGCGGAGCCAAUCCUAGAAUAUGCAAUAACAAUGGAACUACAGCACUGCACAUUGCUAGCAAGCAUGGCAAUGAGGAAUUAUACAACCUCCUUCUCAAUUUCGGUGCCGAUCGAUUUGCAAGGGAUUCUCGCAAUCAAACACCUCGAGAUUUGAACAUGUUAGUUGUCCAGAAUCGCCGCUUCACACCGUCUCCCCUGUUGAAUCGUUCACCUACUCCUAUUUGCUUCACUCCGGAGUUAAGAUGCGUGUCUCCGUAUAUCGGGACCUCAGACAUGGCAGAGCGUAUGCGAUACAUACGCUCCCAGUCAACAUCAUCUCUGCGUAACCAGACUUCACUUAUCGCUUCACUGCGCGAAUCGCGGUCACGAGCCAUGCAAUCCCAGAUGAAUGGAGGCGCUAACCUAUCUCUACCCAGAGCAAAUACUGCUAGUCCAUUCAACGGCCGUUAUAGGACAAAGACCCGUCCGAAUUUACUGGCAAGAUUUAAUAGGAAUUCUGACGAGUCUAGCUCAACCUCGUCUCCUCCCAUUGCGACUCAGAAGCCUACAAAUUUACCUCAAACUCGUUCAUCCUCUCCGCCAUCAAAUGGGAGUUCAGGAGAGGAGAAACCAGGAAAUGGCAAUCUUCCUCCAAUAAAACCGAAAUAUAUAAAGGAGGUCAAAUCAAAAUCAGGUAUUAUGAUCUGCUACGAACCUGGGUCAAUCCGAGAAAACCAUCCAUAUGAAAAUCCCAACGCUUUACCUGCUGUACAAAACGGAGACGUCCUAAAGGCCCAGGAAGCUCUUAGGUGGGGAGCCAACGUUGAAGCCCAUGACUCUCAUGGCAAUACACUUUUGUUGAUAGCGACAGAAGCGGGCAAUUUGGAAAUGGUCAAAUUACUACUCAGGUAUCAAGCGGAUGUGAGUGCGACGGACCCCGAACUUUCAGAUACACCACUGCAUCGGGCUGCAGGUGGAGGAUACAUUGAGACCUUGGAUCAGCUUCUUAAGGCCGGAGCAGAUCCGAAUGCUCAAAACUACGAGAAGGAAACUCCUCUUCACAAGGCCAUACGAACAGACGGGGAGAAAAUGGUCAAAAUGCUAAUUUCCGCUAAAGCAAAUGUCAACGCUCAAGAUGCCUUUGGAACGACACCACUCGCUCUUUCUGCUUCAAAGGGUAACUUAUAUGCUCUGCAACUUUUGCUUCACUUCGGUGCAGACCCAAAUCUCAAAGAUCUGCGGAAAUCAAGUCCUCUUAGGUGUGCCUUUGAGGCUAAGAGAUAUGAUAUCAUUCCUGCUCUAGCUACUGCUGGUGCAGAUGUGAAUGAGACUUGCUUGCGUGGACGCACGAUGUUGCACGAUGCAGCAACAAUAGGAGAUGCGAAAAUGGUACGUGUUCUGAUUGAAGUUGGCUCUGCGGUGAACGCUAAAGAUGACUGGGGCAACACCCCUCUCCAUCUCGCCUGCAAAUACGGUCACUACGAGGCCGCUGAACAACUUCUGGAAGCAUUUGCUCCCUUGCAUGAUAUCAAUGAGGCGGGUGAAUCGCCCCGAGAUCUUGCUGAGGCCUCUGGUAAUGCUGCGCUCUCAGUUCUACUGCAAGCGAUGACAGAAACGGAUGAAAGUGACGCCUAG